GUUUCCCUGGUCACUGGCAGCGAGGCAAGUUUUGCUCAUUGGCGUGUGCGCCGUUCCCGUGUCGGACUCCCCGGGAGCUCCGAGGUCACCGCGAUGCGCUGUCUAUAUUUGUGGUACCAAUGGAAUGUACUAGGUGGACUUGCCCUAAAAGUGGUGCUGAUGAAGACCUGCUUGCAAACGUUCAGUUAUUACAGAAUCAGCUGAGGAGAACUGAAAAAAACCUUCAAACAGUAGAGAAAGAGCUUUCCAGUACAAAUGAACAUUACAGCCACUGCUUUGCUGAGGCGACAGACUUCGCUCUGGAGGAUUUUGUACAGCCUAAUUAUAACAGUCAAGGCUUUUCCAACCCCAAGAAGAAUUGUGGUAAAACAUCUCACCAAGAUUUUCAAAGAAAACCCAAAUCUUACUCAGUAUCCACAACUUCGGAUAAAACUGUGGAAGAAAAUGAACGUCUUCAAGAGCAAAAUGCAUCUUUGACUUCUCAGAACCACUACCUAAAGAACAGAGUGGAAACAAUGAACUUUGAAUUGAUGCAGUCAAAAACAAAAAUUUCGUAUCUUGAAUCCACUUUAGGUACACAUUUAGUCAGCGUUCCGAAGUUGAAAGAACAGAUUUUAAACUUGGAAGCAGAAGUUUCAGCUCAAGAUAAAAUUCUGAAAGAUGCAGAAGAUAGACUAGAUCAAAACCGGAAAACAGCAAUGGAAAGAGAAAACAUGUUGCAAAGAUAUCAAAAGGGCUAUAAAAAUCUGAAAAUGGAGUUAAUUAAACGGAGCAAGCAAGGAAAGAGAGCAGAACAGCAAAGAAAUGAAGCUUUGUUGAACGUGAAGGAGCUGACAAGAGCUUUCAAAAAGUAUAAAGUAGAAAUAACUGAAAAAUUAGAAAAGGCUAAAGCUGAAGAAUUAGUCUUGGGAAAACGUUUAAUUAAUUGUGAAAAAGAAAAAGAGAAGUUGAAUGAAAAGUGUAUCAGCUACAGAAAGGAUCUAAACAUCCUAGAAGAGCAACUAAGGCAGUUAAAGGAAGAGAAUAGUAGCACAAAAGAAGAAAUUAAGACUCUAGAGGCAAAGAACACUGAAAUGACAUCAAUGCUGAGUCGGUCUGAUCAGAAGAUCAUCAAACUUGAGAGUGAACUUUCUGAAAAAGAAACUGUGCUUAAAGAGCAAAAUGCUCUAAUAAGUGAAAAUGCAGAGCUGAGAGCACUUACUGCACAGCAACAUAACCACUUGAAAUUAUGUCAUCAAGAAAUUGAGAAUUCAAGAGAAGAGCUCAACAUACUAGAAACCAUUAUUUCUCAGUUGUCUUCAAGUACAUCUGAAGAGUUUAAAUGGCACCAUUUCAAACACCAGCUUUUGAGUUCCCCAACAAAAGAAGUUAUCUCAGAGUCUUGUGGUGAAUCAAGUAAACCUUUGAUUGCAGACCCAAGCAUUAAACUGUCAAUGAAAGAAGCUGAAAUUCAAAAGCCUCGUGCAAACUUAACUAUCUGUACUGGAACUGAGCAUCUGUCUAAUGAUAAUGAAGGACAAGAAAAUAGCAGGUUAUGUGGCCUAGAAACAGAGCCUGUCAAAUUGAUCAGAAGUCAAGGAGAGAGGAGAAAAUGCCAACAGUUGGAACUUAUAAGCAAGCAAUUUGAAAAGAUGAGGCGAAGAUUCCAGAAAGAGAUAGAAGAGUUACGCACUAAACUGACAAAAGCAGAUGAUGAAAAUUCUUCUUUGAAGAGCAGCAUGGCUCAAAGGACCAGCCAGUUUCAAACCAUACAAGAAGACCUACUGAAGAAGGCUUCAAAAACUAGUAGCUUAGAGAAAGAAAUAAGAAAGAAAUCUUCUCAACUUUCUGAACUUGAGGAACAGUUGGAAGAAAAGACUAUUGCUUAUUCCACUACUGCAGCAAGAAAUGCUGAGUUGGAACAGGAACUCAUGGAAAAAAGCAGACGCAUUCAUGAGUUGGAAGCAACUAUCAGUGAAGAACAUGAGAAAAUAAAUUCUGCUUUUGAAAAUGCAAAGUUGGUUCACCUUGAGCAGCACAAAGAGAUGAAGAAACAGAUAGAACUACUUCAGACACAGCUGGAGCAGAAACAUGAACAAUUCAUUAAACAAGAGAAAAUAAUAUCUGUUUUACAACAAGAGGUUAUACAUAAACAGCUUCAUUACAUUGAAUCAUUGGAUGGGCUGCUGAUAGGAAGCAGAGAGGUACAACAACUCGAGUCAGCAUUAAAGGUAUGUAAGGAAGAAGUUGUAAUGUAUUUGAGUCAGUCACAAGAAAAUAAGAAGGUGUUUGAAAAUCAGCUCAAAGACAGGUCUGAAGAGCUUGAUUUUUUACAGAACGAAAUAAAAAUAAAAGAUCAGAAUAUUCAGGACAUGAGUGAACAAACUAUUCUCCUACAAACUUUGCUUCAUCAUCAGCAAAUGUUACAGCAAGAAACUAUUAGAAAUGGGGAGCUGGAAGAUAAUCAGAUUAAACUUGAACAACAGGUAUCCACUUUGGAAAAAGAGCUUCAGAAGCAGAAAGCAUGUGCAGCAGAUGAGUUGAGAAAAGUAGAGGAGAAACUUCGGUUCGCUGCUCAGGAAGCAGAUUUAAACAGACAGAAGGUGGAUGGACUGAAUUGUACAAUCAGGCAGAUCAAAUUGGAGAUGGAUCAGUGCAAGAAUGAACUUAUUAAUAUGGAAAAAGAAUUAGUGCAAUUACAACAAGAUGGUGAAAACAAAGUAGUGCAGAUAAAUCAGUUGGAUAUCACUUUGGAAGAAGCAAGAUCAAAGCUCAAUAAAAAGGCAAAUGAGGUGAAUGAUUUAGAAGAUAAGCUGCUUCAAAGUGAGACUUGCCACAGGGAAGACUUACAGAAAAUAGCAGAACUAGAAUCUGCAUUACAGAAUGCCCGUGGAGAAUUAAAAAUCACUUUAACACAGCUUCAGGAAUUGCAAGAUGCAUUACAAAAUGCACAGUCCUCUCUGGAGGAGAAGCACAUUGCUAUCAUGGAGCUAACAACUGAGCUCAGGUAUUGCAAGGGUGAAGUUGAAGACAAAAACCAAGAACUCCUUGAAAUGGACCAAGCACUGAAAGAAAGGAAUUGGGAACUGAAACAAAGAGCAGCUCAGAUUACACAGCUGGAUAUGACAGUUCGUGCAUACAGGGAAGAAAUGGAACAACAAAUAAUUCAAUUACAGUGCAAUUUAGAAAAGUCAGAGUUGGAAAUCAAGGAAUGCAAUAAAAAGAUUGAGAGCUUAGAGAAGAAACUUCAGCAUUCUAAAGAUCAGCUUCGUGAAAAAGAGUUUGAAUUGCUCCAGAGAGACCAGGAAAUAAAUCAGCUGAAGAAAAAAAAACAAAGAAAACAAUAUAGCCUAGAAGCUCUUGAAAAGGUAAAAUGUACACAACAAAUUAUCAAUUUUUAAUGCCAUUACUGUACCUGCCUAGAAGGAACUAUACAGUGUCUCUUUAGCAUAAGUGUCUUAAUUCUCCCAGAAUCAUUGUAUUUUAUAUCCUGGUGUUUGCUGAAUCUUAAUCCCCUGAAGUUAAACCAGUUUAGUUAUUUAAAAAUUACAAAUUUAAUGGCACACUCUUAAUUGUCUGCUUUCUGUGGAGAAAUUUGAAUACUGAUUAUCUUUAGUAACCCUAUUUUCUGACUGUGGACAACAUGGUCUUCCUUGAAAUGAAACAAAACAAAAUGCUGUAUAAUGAGAGCUUCUCAUGAUUUAGGUACUAUCUUGCAAAAAUUAUUGCAUCCAAAGAGCCCUGAUAUAUGGCAUGUUUAUAGGAACGGGAAGUGAGAGUUUUUUGGCAUAGUGAAUGGGAGCAUAUGGAUAAAAUAAACUUUAUAGAUGACUUUAUGAAUUAUACAAAUCUUUGGUUUGGUGCAUGAAUCAGUCACUACAAGUAUAAAUGUGACCUGAGAUAAGUAGGCUUUGUGCAGAUGAUUGCCAGCUAGAGGUAAACUCCAAAGCCACAAUGGCUCCUGCUACUUUGGUUGUGCUGCAUUUGUGUGUUUCUUUUCCCUAGGGUGAGAUAUCAGAGAAGGCUCAUUUCUGUGUGGUCACCAAAAGCAUUUGAUCUGUAUUCUAGAUCAUGGGGGCUUGGCAGUGUAACAGCUGAAUAUGAAGGUUGUUUCACUGCCAAUUAAAGCAGUGUCAGCUCUCCCGUCUUGUUUUCUGUUAGGUUGUUUGUGACACUUGAGAACAGGACAGUGACUGCUGCUACCGUUCACACAUAUCAUUAACGUAUUUCCAACUUUUCCUGAGGGAUGAUUCUGAAGGAAAGAAUUUCCUAGCUAGCCCCCGUACAACUGCUGACUAGACCCUUUCUUUCCAGACAAAUUGCCUUGUUAUUGUUUUUGCUAAGGAAUACCAGGUAAGGAGAGACCUUAGAAUGAUAUAAGAAAGGCUUUGAAAAUAGACCUACUCCACUCAUGUUCCUUUAGAGACUUGGGAUGAAGGAAAAGAAAUUUUAAGUUUAUUUUCAUUGUAAUGAGGAGGAUAAAACACUAGAUUUUGGAAGCAUUCUGCAUAAAAUACAAAAUACAUUGCAGAGGGCUUCUGGCUCCACUUAGAAUAUGAUGUG